UUUACAAAUUUUAUUAAUUUUAGCACGAAUUUUUCGCUUCUUCCGAAAUUAAGCAAAAUGACAACUUCGGAAGAAAAAUAUAAAAAGCUUGCUUCUGAGUAUGCAAAAUUAAAGGCUCAGGUCCCAGUUUUAAAGAAAGCAUUUUUGGAUGAACAGUCAUCCCACAAUGAACUGAAGUGCAGUUUCAAGGAAAGUGAACAGACUGUACGCAAGUUUGAACAGGAAGUGGACAGCCUGAAGUUUCGCAAUCAGCAGCUGUCCACGAGAUGUUCCUUACUCCAGGAUGAACUUGAUAGUUUCGAAUCCAAGAAGAAAAACAAGCACAAAGACUCCCCUACUCACAGUACAGGCCCAAGGUCACCAGGGAUAUUCAAUGAGGAGCUGCAAAACAAGAUAGAAGAGAAUGCAAGGCUUCACAGACAGGUGUAUGAGAUUGAGUCCGAGUACAAGUCCAAACUGGAGGAACUGCAACAGAAGUUGGGCCAGUUUGAGAAGCAGUGCAGUGACCACGAGAUGGUGCUCAACACAAACAUGCACAAGAACAAGGCUGUCGUGGAUAAACUGCAGGAGGAGAAGGCGAUGCUUGAGGUAAAAUUGCAAGCCAUCGAUGUUGAAAUGAAGGACUUGAAAUCUAGAACAAUGAAGGCUGAAAGUUUGCUGGGAUCUGUUGAGACUGACUUAAAAGAACAGCUGAACCUGGCCAACAGAAUAAUAGCCGACAAACUACCUUUCAUAGACACAAAAAUACGAGAACUAAACGGUUUAAAUGUGCCUACACAUGAUCGUCGACACCAACUUCGUUCUCGAGAAAUGGUGAACCAGUCUGCAAACUUACUAGGGGAGGUAAUCCACGCGCUCUCUAAUUUCUUCACGUACACAGAACAAAGGUCACAGAUCUACCCAGCAGAUGGCAAGGUCGAGCCCAUCAGUCCAGUGAACACUCAGUUUUGCAAGUUACUUCAUGAGCAUCUAUCACAUCUGCGGCCGGUUGAGAACACGUUGAAAGACCUCCUGGCAACGUUUAAAGACGACGCUCUUACAACUCUGGAAACUGCCACUGGGUUACAACCUUUUUCGAAAGCUGUCAAUAAAAUGGUCAGCUACAUGAACAUAUUGUUGCCAUAUCAACUGCUAAGCCUUGAAGAAGAGUGUGCUGUAUCCUCAUGUACCUCAACACUACAGGGUAAAAACAUGGACCUGCACAGGUCCCUAAAAAAACUGAAUGCCAUCUUUAAUAAACUAGACACCGUUACCAACCUGCUUGCAGCUCAAAGUAGUAAAACUUGCGGCCAUAGCCCUAACAAUCACCCCCGGAUGUUUGUGAUGCUCUGUGAUAAUCUGAGAUACCUCCAUGAGGCAGUUAAAGAGGUGUCAAAGCACUACAACGGGAAGGUGUCCCUGGAGCAUCAGAUGCCGACAGCCACCCAGAGGCUGAAGACGACAGACGAGUGUGUUGUGUCCUCCCUCAUCUCUCUAGUCACCUCAACCAACAAGCUAUCAACUUUUCUAUCAGGGAACCAGGAAUUUUUCAAGCAGCGGGCAGGGUAUCGCACCAGAGGAAGCAGUGUUGGAACCGAGCAUGCUAACCAUGCCAUCCGGUCUAAUCCAGUUGUGGUGAACUUCAGGCAAAGAGCUGCUCAAUACAUCACAUCUUUAACAAAGCCCUGCCCAGAGUCUGUCCCACACCACAUCGCGGUACAAAACAGGAAGGUGCUGUUGAGUUCAGCAGAGAGCAGGGAGGGUCUCGCUAAACAGAUUGAGACGUUCCAACAGAAGGUCAGCAGACUUGAGCAGGAAAAGGAACACUGGAUGCUAGAACACCAGCUGCUCAAAAUUAAACUGGAACACGAGGAACAGAAGAGUCGCAAACUGGAGUCGGAACUCGAGACUGCAAGUCGGGUAGAAGCUGUUACAUCUAUACAUGACAAUAUAGAGGCUCCUAAGCCAGUUCGCAAGGGAACAGACUCUGAUAAGCGUCUGGAUGUAUCCAUGCUAGGGAAGCUGGAUGCCUCCACAAAGACGACGGCCGGUGUGGACAGUCGAGAGUUGCUCAUCAAGAACCAUUUUACAACCAGAAUCAAUGAGCUUACCCAGCAAAUACAGCUCUCUGACAGCAAGUGUGUCAGCUUCCAUGCAGAGGUUCGAGCCCUUCACAAGCAGAUAAUCAUGGCAGAGAGAUCCAAGAAACAAGCAGAGGAUGAAUUGAAGGCAAUGUCACAGACUUAUGCCCAGCUCAAGGAUGAGCUGUCGACCACCAGUAAGAACUACGAGAGUCAGCUGAGCAUGAUGAGUGACCAUCUGGCGGGCAUGAACGAGAAACUGACCACCCAGAAAGACGAGAUUGAUGAGCUCAAGUCCCAGAUAGCCACUACCAAGUCCUCAUCAUCAUCAAAUCCAGCAUCUAAGUUGUUGUCUCUGAAGAAAUCAAAAAGAUAAAACAGCGCGGUCAACGGACAUAAUUAUAUGAAAUGGAUGGAAAACCAACACCAGUUAUAUUCUACAAAUCUGUUAUAAAAAAAUGCAUUCAUAGUGCAGGGAAUCCACCUUUCAAAAUUUAGUGCCAAGGAAAUAGCCAAAACAACUCAACAAAUGAAAAUUGUUUUUCUUUGCUUAUAUAUAUAUUAAAAUCUUGUGUUCAUUUCUGUACAUUCUUAGCACUUGAUCUUUCUGAAUAAGGCUACCAGCAAAAUAUUUUGUAACUAAAUUUUGGUAAAAUUCUACAAACUCACUAAAUUGUUUUGUUAUCCCCCCCCCCCCCCAUAGGCGGAGGGAUAUUGUUUUGGCGUUGUCAGUCCAUCCGUCCGUCCGUCUUUCCGUCUGUCUUUCCGUCCGUCCGGCACUUUUGUGUCCGGAGCCAUAUCUUGGAAGUGCUUUGGCGGGUUACAUUGAAACUUGGUAUGAGUAUAUAUAUGGAUAAGAGGAUGAUGCAAGCCAAAUGGCAUUGUACACCAUCUGUUAAUAACAGAGUUAUGGCCCUUUGUAUCUUGAAAAAAUGCUUUUUUGAGUGUCAAAUAUAACACUUUUGUGUCCAGGAGCAUAUUGGCGGGGGAUAUCAAUUCAACAAAUUUGCUUGUUUUUAUUAAGCAUUUUCAAGUCAAUGUUUUAAUUAUAGCUUAAUUAAUUAUAAAACAAUAAAUUAACUGACAACAUUUUGUUUGUUGCAUACACAAUUUUUAAAUGUAUUUUAAGUAUUAAUAUAAGUGAAGCAUUAUUUCUACCUAAAUUAAAGCUGAUAGGUAUUAUUUCUUAAAGAUAUAUAUUAUAUCGUUUGGUCUAUGCUGAAAAAAAUAUUCAUAUCAUAGGUUGACCAUCAUUCAUUGUAUACAUUUUCAAGCGUGUCUAUAAGUUUGUUUUACAUGAAGGUCACAGUAUUGUAUAUGUACAUGUGUAUAGAUGAAAGCUGGUAAGGGCAUUUGGGAACUGAAAACUUAUUGUUUAAUGAGUUGGUAGAGGCUUAUGAACUUUGUUCUGUGCAAUAUAUGUUAUUGUUGUAUUUUUAAUUAUUUUACAUUAUAAACAUGUUAUAUGCAGGGUUACUGGUGGAUUUAUGGAAACAAUCAGUUUGUUUGUUUUCAUAAAAAAGUUAAUGUUUUUAUCUACCCCAGUAUAUUUAAUGUUGUGCUACGCUUUAUGCAUUUCGAUUCAAUUUUCCAUGCUAAUUUAAUAUGAAAUUCAAGAAAACUUGUUGCAUUAUUUUAGUGAUCAUACGAUUUAUACAACAUUUUGCAUUCUCAUGUUAUCUUUCAAUGACUGUUGUGUUACAGUAUUGCGUGUUUUGCGAUGAAAUAAAAACUAAGGUAAUUCGUA